UUCACCGUGACAUUGAUUGGGCUCUGGUUUGUUGGUCUGACCUCAUUCGUCUUUCAAGACAUUAUCAACCAGCUACGGAAAGUGCGCACCGUCUUGAAGAGGAGACCAUAUGAGGCCACAGUUUAUUUCUGAAAUGAGAAACGACAAGUGUAGUAGUUUGCAUUCGUAACGAUUUGAAAAUGUGACGAGAACCACAAAGUGAUGGUGGAUUGAAUUUUAUUGACGGUACUAUCAAUUAUGGUGCAAAUAAUAGACAUGGAAAAGAUGAAUACUUGAAUGAUAGGUACAAAAACAAACUUGCUUGACUUUCUCCAACUGUGAACUGUUUGAAGCUCGGUCUUUCUUUUUUGAAGAGCUUGUGAAACAAAGACGCAGCGUUGUGCUGGUGUACACAAACCUUACAUAAGGCUCAGGACGGAGAAUUAGGACAGUUUUGAUGAAUACAGAACAAAUCGUUUGACUAUCACGAUCGCACCAGCACUGGGAAUAAUUAGGGGCAGUUUGUUAACGUUUGUCGACCAUUCGUGGAAUGAAUCCAGUGUUUCGUCAGCUUUCUGCAGCUCUAUCGACUGCCAGCUUGAGAGGUUCGGCACGGUCCAGGGUUGAUGUACAUUCAAGACGGCCUCAGCGAUCCAUCUCUGCGGCUAGAACAGUCACUACACAGACGCAUCGACAUUAUUGCUGUUUUGAGAUGAAGCCCAAAGUGUACGUAACCCGAAACGAUUAUGCCAGAAUUGGGUUGGAUCUGUUAAGGGAAGAAUGUGAUAUCUCACUGUGGGACGAAGCUUAUCCUGUGCCGAGGGAUGAAUUCCUCAAAAAUGUGGCGGGAAAAGAUGCAAUCUACUGUUCAUUAAACGAUCGCAUCGACAAGGAGUUGCUCGAUCAGGCGGGACCAAAUCUUAAGGUCAUCUCCACCAUCUCAGUCGGUUACGAUCAUAUCGAUGUGAAAGAAUGCAAACAGAGAGGAAUUCGUAUUGGCUACACACCGGAUGUACUAACAGACGCAACGGCCGAACUAACCGUUGCCUUGCUGCUGGCAACAGCACGUCGAUUAUUGGAAGCAAACAAGCAAGUUCACACUGGUGGCUGGAAAUCGUGGUCUCCAAUGUGGAUGUGUGGCAAGGGAGUAAAAGAUUCGCUGGUCGGAAUUUUUGGCUUCGGCCGCAUCGGCCAAGAGGUGGCGAAACGUUUAGCACCAUUUAAACCAGCGCGGAUUCAGUUCACGAGUCGCACGGAUAAAUUUCUCACAGCGGAGGAUUUGGGCGUCACGCAAGUUCCGUUCGAUGAGUUGAUCGAAACGAGUGAUUUCCUCAUCAUUGCCUGUUCGUACAAUGUGGAAACGGCCAAUCUGUUCAACGAUGCCGUUUUUUCGCGCAUGAAACCUUCGGCAAUCCUAAUUAACACCAGCCGGGGUGGAGUGGUCGAACAGCACGAUUUGAUUCAUGCUUUACGUGCGGGUAAAAUACAGGCUGCUGGGUUGGACGUCACUACACCCGAACCAUUGCCUCUGGAUAAUCCACUGCUAACGCUCCCAAACGUUGUGGUAUUACCUCAUAUUGGCAGUGCCGACAUUGAGACUCGCAUUGAGAUGUCGCGCAUAACAGGGUGCAAUAUCUUGGCCGGCUUGAAGGGUGUUAAAAUGAUUUCGGAAGUUUAACAUCGCGGGUCCCUGAACGGCCUUACCAACUUCAUUCCACAGAGUGGAGAACAACAGAUGUAAUUUUUCGUUUUUUUGGAAUAAAAUGAGCAAACUGUCCGA